ACAAGACCAGUCAGCUGAAUUUCGGUGCUGUCGCAUUAGUGUGAAAAGACACUCGUAAUUUAAAUAUAUUUUUUCCCAGAUAUUUUUAUUGAAAUUGUGUGCAAACGCGCGCAACAAUCCACAUAUUGCGUAUCACUCUCGACACACUAUAAACAGCGAUCAAAAUGACUACCGCACUGUAUUUGCCCGAGGAAAACAUCGACAUGAUUGCUGCCACUUCGGUGCUGCAGCAGCAGGCAGCCGAUAUACGGACCAAGACGAUCAACUGGGCAUCGUAUAUGCAGUCGCAGAUGAUCAGCCAGGAGGAUUUUCAGGCAAUUAGCGCGCUGGACAAAUCGCGCGCCUCCUAUUUGGCACAGAACUCUACGCAGGUGGUUAAGACGCUGUUGAAUCUGGUCUCGCACCUGUCCAAGGACUCGACAAUUCAGUAUAUACUCGUGUUGCUGGACGAUCUGCUGCAGGAGGAUCGCUCUCGUGUCGAUCUGUUCCACGAGACUUCCGGCAAGUUGAAGCAGUGCGUCUGGGGUCCGUUCUUGAACUUGCUUAACCGCCAGGAUGGCUUCAUUGUCAACAUGGCGUCGCGCAUAUUGGCCAAGUUUGCCUGCUGGGGCCACGAGACCAUGCCCAAGUCCGACCUCAACUUCUACUUGCAGUUCCUCAAGGACCAGUUGGCCACCAAUAACAACGAGUACAUCCAGUCGGUGGCGCGCUGCCUCCAGAUGAUGCUACGCGUGGAUGACUAUCGGUUCGCGUUUGUCAGCGUCGAUGGCAUUAGCACUUUGAUACGCAUCCUGUCGACGCGUGUCAACUUUCAGGUGCAAUACCAGUUGAUCUUCUGCCUGUGGGUGCUCACUUUUAAUCCCUUGCUGGCGGCCAAGAUGAACAAGUUCAGUGUCAUACCCAUAUUGGCUGAUAUAUUGAGCGAUUGCGCCAAGGAGAAGGUCACACGCAUCAUUUUGGCGGUCUUUCGUAAUCUAAUUGAGAAGCCCGAGGACUCCUCUGUGGCCAAGGAUCAUUGUAUUGCCAUGGUGCAAUGCAAGGUCUUGAAGCAGCUGUCGAUUUUGGAACAGCGUCGCAUUGACGAUGAGGACAUCACAGCCGAUGUGGAGUAUCUCACUGAAAAGUUGCAGAACUCCGUGCAGGACCUGAGCUCCUUUGACGAGUAUGCGACCGAGGUGCGCAGCGGCCGCCUCGAAUGGUCGCCAGUCCACAAAUCGGCCAAAUUCUGGCGCGAGAACGCCCAACGUCUCAACGAAAAGAACUACGAACUGUUGCGCAUUCUGGUGCAUCUGCUGGAGACCUCAAAGGAUGCCAUUAUUCUGUCCGUUGCCUGUUUCGAUAUUGGAGAGUAUGUGCGUCACUAUCCACGCGGCAAGCAUGUGCUGGAACAGCUGGGCGGCAAACAGAUUGUGAUGCAGCAUUUGGGCCAUGAGGAUCCGAAUGUGCGUUAUGAGGCCCUGCUGGCCGUGCAAAAACUGAUGGUACACAAUUGGGAAUACCUUGGCAAACAGCUGGAGAAGGACAACGAGAACCAAAAACCAGGCGCAGCUCCCAUUGCCGGCAAGGCCUAAGGCAUCAAUAUCGCUCAGCUAAACCAUGUACAACCGUUAGCCAAGGGAUCGCCAGAUGCUUUAACAACUUAACUAACAAUAAGAGCUGGGGGCGUGGCGUUACAUAUAGUCGCCACCUCCAUCUCCCACGCCCAUUAACAAUAUCGUUUUAUUCUUGCUAUCAUUUAAGCGCAUAUUUCUUUUUCCUAAUCUAAGUACCAUAACGAAUCCAUUACGGAUUCCAGAUGGUGCCAGCGUUUGUUGUCGAAAACUAAUUAAUUGUUGCUCUUUGUUGGCAUUCCGCACCAGUAGAGAGAUGAAGAAGAGUGAAAGUUAAUUAGAAAACAGUGCAAAAAAUACACAGAAAAUUAUAUAUUAUUGUCUUCUUGUUUUGUUGUUAUUAUUGUUUUAAUAUUUCUACUUUGCGCUGCUGUACAGAGUUUGUCUCACGAUUUCUUGCAAGUUCAUAGUAAAAUUGUAUUAUAUAUUAUCGCAUCGGCGCACAUGUACAACCUAUCAAGUAUUUCUUUUCUUUAAAGCAAAUUAUAAAAAAAAAAAAACGAAAAAAUUAUAAAUGCAAUAUUAUUAAAUGUUACUAAGCGUGUGAAAUAUCUGCUAAUAACUGCAAGUCGUUUACCAAAACCACAUUAAAUUGUUAUUAAAGUGUA